AUGAAAGAGAGUAAACAGCAAUAUCAAGAUGAUAUUCCUAUUCCACCAUCGUUAUUUCAUGUGACACCAUGUACAAUGUCACCUGAUACAUUUACAUUACCAUCAACAACAAUGUCAACAACACAAUUAAUAAAAAAUGAAACACAAAGAUCAAAAAUAUUCUCACGAAAUUCAUUUUCAGCGUUCGAUGUUGUCCAACAACCCGUGAAAAAAAGUAUUAAAACGGAUGCGCCAUAA